GGAGUACAUAUUAUCAGAAAGAUGCACAAGGUAACACAGCCAGGAAAUGUUGGGAUUUGAACCAAGAUCCAUCUUCCAAAGACCAUGCUUUUAACAACUGUCACAUUGCCCAGUGGAUGUCCUUUUUUUAUCAUGUGAAGAGUUUAACAUCUGCUUGUCCAAAUAUGUACAGUAUAUCACGGCUCUAUCACACAACAUCGGCCAUGUUCUGUUACAGUAAAACACGGAGUGGUGAGAAAUACACCGAUCCUUUUAAACUUGGUAGGAGGCACUUGAAAGGUCUGUACGAGGACAUUAGAAAGGAACUACUCAUAUCACCAACAGAACUUAAGGAAAUGUCUGAAUACUACUUUGAUGGAAAAGGAAAAGCCUUUCGACCAGUUAUCGUGGUGCUAAUGGCCCGAGCAUGUAACAUUCAUUCUAACAACUCCCGAGAUGUGCAAGCCAGCCAGCGCUCCAUAGCCUUAAUUGCAGAAAUGAUCCACACGGCUAGUCUGGUUCACGACGAUGUUAUUGAUGAUGCAAGUUCUCGGAGAGGAAAACACACAGUUAAUAAGAUCUGGGGUGAAAAGAAGGCUGUUCUUGCUGGAGAUUUCAUUCUUUCUGCAGCAUCGAUGGCUCUGGCACGAAUUGGAAAUACAACUGUUAUAUCUAUUUUAACCCAAGUUAUUGAAGAUCUGGUGCGUGGUGAAUUUCUUCAGUUAGGGUCAAAAGAGAAUGAGAAUGAAAGAUUUGCGCACUACCUUGAAAAGACCUUCAAGAAGACUGCAAGUCUGAUAGCCAACAGUUGUAAAGCAGUCUCUGUCCUAGGAUGCCCUGACCCAGUGGUGCAUGAGAUUGCCUAUCAAUACGGAAAAAAUGUGGGAAUAGCUUUUCAGCUAAUAGAUGAUGUACUGGACUUCACCUCAUGUUCUGAGCAGAUGGGCAAACCAACGUCAGCUGAUCUGAAGCUCGGGUUAGCCACCGGCCCUGUCUUAUUUGCUUGUCAGCAGUUCCCAGAAAUGAAUGCUAUGAUAAUGAGACGGUUCAGUUUGCCAGGAGAUGUGGACAGAGCUCGACAAUACGUACUACAGAGUGAUGGUGUGCAACAAACAACCUACCUCGCCCAGCAGUACUGCCAUGAAGCAGUGAGAGAGAUCAGUAAACUUCGACCAUCCCCAGAAAGAGAUGCCCUCAUACAACUCUCAGAAACUGUACUCACAAGAGAUAAAUGACAAGUCUUUCUGUUAUUUCUGGCAGCUAUUUUACCAGACUGUGCCUAAAGAAUUUUGUGGAAUAUACUUUGCUUCACGUGCAGAUAACCAAAAAUCAUUUUAAAAAAUCAUUUCAACCUUAAUGAUGGGCAAUUCUUUUUUAUUGGCAAAGUUUUUCAGAAAAGUUUUAAAAUAAUUAGAUCAUCUGGAACUGUCAUUCUUGUCCUAUAAAUUCUAAUCGAGGUAUCUUGAUGGUUAUAUGUGGUAUUGUUUACACUGUUAAUAUUCACAUGUAAAGCCAUUACACAAAUAAAUAAUCAAUGUUAAAAUUCAAAUGGUUUAUCUUGUUUCACCACAGGAGUAAAUGUCAGAGAACUGAGAAGUCUACAUUUCAAUCAGCAUUAGAUUUUAACAGUAUCCAAAAUUUCGUAUAGGAGAAUGGUUCAUUAUAAAAGACUGUACAUAAAAUUUAGACGAGUUAUAUACAAAAUUAAGACACAUUCCACUUGAAAAAAUGAAAUGAAAAGGUAUCUAGGUGAUCACUAGUGAUAAAAUCAUGUUUAAAAUUAACAAGGCAAAAUGCAUAUGCAACAGUCAUAUUGAUUUGGUAGCAAUGGUCUUUAAUUCUCAGAAAUAAAUGUUUCGCACUAGUCUUACCAU